AUGCCUCUUAAAACUUAUUUCCCUGAUGAAGAGGUUUUAUUUAUUGGAGAGGAUAUUUUCGAAGAAUAUCCCGGGUGGAGAAUGUUUUUUGAUGGUGCUGUGAAUUCCAAAGGAGUCGGUGCUGGAGCAGUGUUGAUUUCAGAAUCAAGUCAACAUUAUCCUAUCUCAACAAAGUUUAGAUUCUUAUGCACAAAUAAUAUGGCGGAGUACGAGGCUUGUAUUCUUGGGCUUAGGAUGGCUGUUGACAUGAACAUACAAGAAUUGUUGGUUAUAGGUGAUUCCGACUUAUUGAUUCAUCAGGUUCAAGGCGAAUGGAGCACCAAGAACGUGAAGAUACUUCCAUAUUUGUUGUGUGUGAAAGAAUUGUGCAAGAAAUUUGUCAAGAUAGAAUUCAAGCAUAUUCCUCGAGCUCAGAAUGAGUUUGCAGAUGCGUUGGCAACCCUGGCUUCUAUGAUUCAACAUCCAGACAAGAACUACAUAGAUCCAAUCAAGGUCAAUGUGCAGGAUCAGCCAUCCUAUUGUUUCCAUGUAGACGAAGAACCGGAUAGAGAACCUUGGUACUAUGGCAUUAAGAGAUAUGGAAGGACUCCAGGUUUGGGAUUGUUAAGAUGUUUUAACUCUCAAGAGGCAAGCAAGUUGAUUGAAGAAAUACAUGGAGGUACAUGUGGGCCACACAUGAAUGGUUUCACUUUGGCAAAGAAGAUUCUACGAGCUGGAUAUUUUAGGAUGACAAUGGAAACAGACUGCAUCCGUUUUGUGAGAAAAUGUCAUCAAUGUCAGAUUCAUGGUGAUUUGAUUCGAGUUCCACAAAAUGAGCUAAAUGUGACGAGUUCUCCUUGGCCCUUUGCAGCUUGGGGCAUGGAUGUCAUUGGCCCUAUUGAGCCAGCCACCUCAAAUAGACACAGGUUCAUUCUGGUAGCUAUUAGUUACUUCACAAAGCGGAUAGAAACAUCUUCAUACAAGUCUGUGACAAAGAAGGUGGUGACAAAUUUUGUUCGCAAUAACAUCAUUUGUAUAUUUGGGAUCCCUGAGUCAAUUAUUACAGAUAAUGGAGCUAAUCUCAAUAGUGGCUUGAUGCAUGAGAUAUGCGAGAAGUUCAAAAGUAUUCAUCACAAUUCCACUCCUUAUCGACCUCAGAUGAAUGGAGCAGUUGAGGCCGCCAACAAAAAUAUCAAGAGGAUAUUGCGGAAAAUGACUAAUAACUACAAGCACUGGCAUGAGAGUUUGUCCUUUGCCCUUCUUAGCUACCGCACCACAAUCAAGACUUCGAUUGGGGCAACACCUUAUCUUUUGGUUUAUAGAAUAGAAGCAGUGUUACCAAUGAAAGUUGAAUACCAUCUCUGA